UCUCAGUUGAUACACCAGCCAUCCAGUUGCCCAGUUUACAAAUCGAUCAACUCCUGCAAGUCCCACUGUGCUCAUUCAAGAAUUGGUUGCCUAGGUUGGCCUACAAUCUACCUACCACGGAAAUAAAUUCACCUCUGACUAAGUACCACCUCCCCUGCUCCCAGUGCAUCAAUUAAACAAUUGCCCCCAAUUACAAAAUAACCCCCUGAUGUCGAGGACUCGAUUGCCCCCCCAAUCUCCAGGUGAAUAUGGUGUACAAUUGACGUAAAUCAGCAGAGGACUGCGAAAGUGUAACUCAAAAUGAGUGAACAGUCGUGUUGACUGGGUUAACAUGAUUAACAAUUAAAGAUAUCGUUGUAACUGCUGAAAGGGAUCACUGUCUCUGUGUGCAGUAGUGAUAACGCGACAACGAAGGGAUAUGAUGAGGUAACAAACUGAGAAUGAGAUAUAGAAGUGGUGACCUCCUCAGCUAUGCAGUCCUUACGCUCACUUUGCAUCUCAAUGGUCAAGUUGAUGGUGGAGGUGUAUGCAAAGACUCACAAGGACGGACUUACGAGACUGGCCACUUGUUCAUACCUGAGCCCUGCACUGUGUGCAUCUGCGACAAUGGGAAUCCCAAGUGGUGCAAGGAAGUCAUAUGCACUUUGCCACAGAAACCAAUGUCUAAGCAAGACUGCAAAUCAUUCAGGAUGGACGGCACUCCAUGCUGCGAAUUCAUAUGCCUGGAUAAUACACUGUCUUCAGUGACAAACGACAAAACCGAUGGGAUAGAUGGAAGCAGCGAUUCCACUGCUAGUUACGAUCUUGGAUUGAGACUGGUCGCGAGCUGUUUCACAGCCAUUCUCUCUCUCAGUCUUCUGUUCUUCCUCAUUCACAGACUUCGGCAACGCAAAAUUCGAGUUUGCGUAGCAGGAAGACAGAGUCGCCAGUUGGGUGAUGAGAGCCAUUCCUUGGGUAGUAUGGGUUACUUGGAGCGUGGUGGACUGCCUCAUGGCAUGCAGAUGGAUGACCUGGCCUGCGGAGGAGGCUACCCCCUGUGGAAGCCACCAGGCAACUAUUUCCCUCGUGGAGAGGCUCCACCGCCCUACGAGGAAGCAGUAGCGGCAGCCAGAGCAGAGCAGGCUCUCUUAUCAAUGACUCCACACGCGCUGUCACCCCUGAAUCUUCCUAACACGUACCUGACGACGCACAAUAGUCACUCCAAUGUCACAUUGUUAGCUGGAAACCCAAAUUUAUCAGGAAAUUCCCCGACUCCCUCCAACCAUGGCGCGAGCCCAUCGUCAUCGGUCUCGGGGAGUCGUCCUCUGAGUGCUGUAAACCCUCAUUGCCAUCAGCAGGCCCAAAGCGAUGCUAUCUCUCCAGGGUUUUACAAUAAUUCAUCGACUACUAGUUUCAGCAUGGGCAAUAGUACCUAUGAAAAUUUACCGACACCCAUUGUCCUAACUAAUAUGAAUAAUCUGACAGAAAUUGGUUCACAACAUUCGAGCAACAGUGUACAGACACAAUCUUCAUCAAUGAAUCACCAAAACUCCUCAAAAACUUAUCACACGACUCUCCCACGUCAGGGCUCAGCGUUCACCAUCUCAGCCACUUUACCCAGUGCCAGUGUCUCGACACAUCGGACAAUACCAAGAACACUCGCCACCAGCAGCAAUCUGAGGCUAAGACGUGACUUUUUGGCGAAUAAACCUGUUGCCCCUCUGUUUGGGGAACUCCCAAUGGAUUUUGCCUCAGAGCGUCAACCAAGAUCUGCCCCUCCCACAAUACCCAGCACAGACAGUGCAACGCAGGCAGAUUUCUAUGCAGAUUCUUUUAGAGAGAGUGCUACAACUCAUUCUAACGAAUCACAAACAGACGCAUCUCCCUUCGAGGGAAUCAUGGCUGUCGGUAAUUGUGAUAAAAAACCACCGCCUUUACUGGCAUCCAACGGAGCCAACCAGGACGGUAGUUUCGAAUCAUUCACAUGCAACUGCAGUAUGCAGGCAUUGCCAACGCUGCACGAUGAUGCUGAUGAUUACAGAAGUGAGUGUGAAAAUUGUAAAAGUGCCACAGGGUCUAGGUACUAUUUGGAUAACGAGGAUGAACUGGUUACUUCUCCUCACGAAACUAUGACACUACACAGGAGACCUGAGGAUACUGCCGCUAGUGUUACCCCACAGUAUUACAGGACUUCAUUGACACUGCCAACCAAUACACGUCAGCGUACAAGGACCAGUGGGGGUCGAGGCAACUGGAUCAUGCCGGAAAGUUCAACGGAAUCGUCCGACGACGAUUAAACCCCUAACAAAUCUUCCCCUCCUUCCACAAAUUUUAUUAAACUUCCGAAACAAAAUUAUAAUAUUAAUACCGACAUUCUUGAGAUAUUCAGUGGAAAAAUUCUAAUCAUCGGUGGAUUAUUGUGACGCCAGUUGCUCCAUACCUGAUAAAUGAUCAUGAUUUAGACUACGAUAAUAUCAUAACUGAGUGCCAACAUUAACUGACUUCAGUGGAAUAGCGCAGUUAUAAUUAAACGAAUGUUGAUAGUUGUUGAUCUUCAAGUUCUCUCGAUUAUUAUUUAACGAUAAUGAUAAUUGAAUUCGGGGUGCAAUGAAAGGAGACAAGAACUCGAGGAUGAUGUAUGUUAUUUUGUGAAUAUCCUCGGAUGUAGUGGUGCUUCGAAUUGGGUUGUUGCAUGAUUUUUUAUUCUUGGAAAACCCAAGGAAAUCCAGAAAUUUCCUAAAAAUACAGUCGUACUAGUCGAGUAAAUAACAAUUCCAGUCUCGCGUCACAAACGGGAGUUUAUAUAGAACCUGUGGUACCUGAUUCGAUCCUACUCAUUCCUUCCGGUGGAAUUGUUGAUAGUGUUCUCUUCAGCAUCACGUAUAUAAUUGCUUACAUACGUGAGGGGAAGAUACCGAUCAAAGUCUGCUAAAAAUGCCAAUGCCCAUGAGAAAUUUCUCAGAAUGUUCAUUAUCACUUAACUAGAAGAAUACGUUUAAACAAAUACGAAGAUAAACCAAAGAAACAUUCCCGAUUCCAAGAUUUUUAACUUUUCGUUAUAGCUUUAUUAUUGAAGGUAAUGGAGGUUUUAUUAAGGAUGCAAAUUCCUACAUUUUACGCAUCGACUCCUGAAAAUCUGACGUUCAGUCACUGGUGAUAUUCAAUCGACUGAAUUGUGCAAAAAAAAAACUGGAACUCUAACGAUCAAAUGUUAUCUCAGUACGAAAUAACCGCGCACAGUGAACAGUCAAAAUCGAUAUAUCAGUAAGCCAAAUGUGCAUCAUUAGAAUCCACUGGCUACUGCCUGCAGAAUAGACAUUUCUAUUGAUUUUAACCUGAAAUAAUUCAUUCCUGAAGAAUAUCAUGAAUAAUGAGUGUUCAAAGGCCAGUUAUCCACUGGCAUAAUUACAAAUUGUACGACGAGAUGAAAAGUAGGAGAACAACUUAACAGGAAACGAGAUUAUUAAACAAUCAAUAAAUGUUUUCGAUAAGUUCCAAUUUUCAAUAGCUGAUCCUUGCCAUUCCGACAUUUCCUUACUAAUCAAGGGAAUAGACCGAAAAACCGUCAACACUAUUUGAAUGCAUCCCCCCUCCCCUCACCCCAAUAAAUAAAUUAUUGUUGUAGAAAUUCAGUCUAACAAGAUCGUGAUUGUGAACUAAUUAGCUAACCAUCGUCACCAACGAAGUAAAUAAUCUCUGAAAAUCAAGAUGAAUAAUUAAUUCUUAAGAUGUCCUUUCCAACUAUUACCAAUUAACAGAUGCACAAUGCACAUCUUCAUUCAGCCAAGUAUUUCAUGCAGUAUUAUUAAUUUAUACAGAAAAAAACAAUCAUAGGAAAUAGUUUUCUGUGGUCUCGAUAAUGAACAAAUCGAUUAAUUUAAAGAAUCGAAUUUAUCGCUCAAAGACGAGCAGUUAUCUUCACUGUUAAUUGUCGCACAUUUUUCAAUGUUUUUGUUUCAUUUUAACCAAAAUAACGAGAACAAUUGAAUGAUUUGGUUUUCUCGUGUUGCACAUUGAAAGAAAAUGAAUGAAAAAAAAAUGACCACCGAUAGUAUAAACAACUAAUGGGUACACAUAAAAAUAUACGUUUUUACAAUCGAAGGUUCAAAUAAAAGUGGCUAGUGAUGCUUGCUAAUUAUUUCUAACAAAUUAUCAGACAUAACAUAAACAAAAGGACAAACAAAUACCGUAAUUAUGUGUUCGGUGGAACUACACUCUGAUAUCUCAGAAUUAGUUGCUACUAAUCAUUUUAUAAUUAUUAUAAUUAAAUAUCUUAAAAACGAGAGUGGCAAACGAUGAGAAAUAUGGUAACCAUAGGCGUUAGGUAGACGAUAAAUAUAAAUUUUUUAUAUUCUAUUUGUUUUUUAGUUGAAUAUAUUUUUCAUAUUUUUUACUUGAAUUUAUUUGCUCACUUACUCUGACGACAGGGUAGAGCCAUGUCACCGCUUAUCCAGUUUUCUAUUAUGCAGUGAAUUGGUAACUAAAUAAAAGCCAGAAAUUCAGUACAGAUUGUCUCGCAAAUACUUAAGAAAUGUGUAAUUAAAGGAGGAAGGGUUCUCAUUCAUUUUUUAUAAUUUUUUCAAAUAUAAAAAAAAUUUUAUGCAAAAGCCCCAUUAUCAAUUCCUGAAGAGCAUUUUGAAGAGAAAUGCUUGGAUUUUUUUUCAAUGAUUUUUCAAAUAUUCAAAGCUUAGGCAUAUCAGCCUAUGAAGGCACCAAUACACGACGUGGUUGGUAUUUCGGGACUUCAGAUUUAAAGAUUUGGAUAAAUUCAUGAGAGUUAGUUCAAGAGAUAAUCUGUAUAAUUUCUGUGGCUUCAUCUUCUCCAAUCACUUCAAUGCUGCAUUGAUGUAAAUCAUAUUCAAUAGGGUGUAAAUGGAAUUUAUUUGAAUUUCCAUUAUAUAGGAAUAAAGUUAUAUUAUUGUAUUGCAUUUGACGAUGGAAAUAUGGAGAUUGUUUCAAUGCACUGUGUAAUAUAAUGUCUACGAAGUGGAGUAUGUGAAAAUGUAUGAUUGAAUGUCGAACACUUGAGCAAGGUAACUGUUAAGGAAAAAGAAUAUAAUAACCGUUCAAAAGAUUUUUUAAUCGAUUUAAGUUCAGUGGUUGAGGACUAGGACCAUUCGAGGCCAAUUGUAAUUAACCAUUUGUAUCGAAGACGAGUUGGCCAGGAAGGAUGCGAGCUGGUUUUUCUCGUCAAGAGAGAAUUUCGGGACUUUUGCGAAAAAAAAAUUCACUGAUGAUAUAAUUUUAUCAUCAUGCAGAUGAUAUGUGUUUUAACGGCUUGAUCUUUUUUCUACUCAAUCCAUGUUCAUCAUUAGACUCUGUACUAAAAUCGAAGAAUGAUUAAGAUAAAUAUUUUUGAGUUUCAUAAGAAAUUCGGAAAAAAAUCCUGAAAGCUUUUAAGGGCGCAUGCCAAAUGUAAAUUUCAUGGUAUUUGAUUGAAUUUAAUUCAUAUCAUUGAUAUUAUUUUAUACAAUUUUAACACGAUGUUUUACCAUUUACCUGAUGAAACCAGUGGAGUUGCCAAAGAAUGACUCGAGAGAUAGAGAUGUUAGUGACGUAGAAUAUCUCUGAAUCCAGACGAAAAUAAACAAAAUAACGAACAAAAUUGAUUAUUGUGAGAUGUGUGAAAAAUGCAAGUGGGCGAAUUUUUGUUUCUUAAUUUUAAUGAUUGUAUGAUAAUAUAAUUGUCGUUAACGUACAAAGUAAAAGACAUUAAAACCAAUAAAUGUUGUGUAAAUAUUCAUU